AUGGCACCCGGCAGUGGACGCGACUUUAAUUGCACUUGGCCAGGCUGCAAUAAGUCCUUCAACCGCAAAUCCGAUCUCUGCAGGCACUACCGCAUCCACACCAACGAGCGACCUUACCACUGCAAUCAUGAAGACUGCAAGAAGAGUUUCAUCCAGCGAAGUGCCCUGACAGUACAUGUUCGGACGCAUACUGGCGAAAAGCCCCAUUCGUGCGACCAUGAAGGAUGCGGCAAAGCUUUCUCGGAUUCAUCGAGUCUGGCCCGUCAUCGAAGGAUCCACACCGGGAAGCGUCCCUAUAUCUGCCAAGAGCCUACCUGUGAAAGGAGCUUCUGCCGCAAGACUACAUUGACUAAACACCAUGAGAAAACACAUGGUGCGGCCGCGAGCCGCACGUCAUCCGAGGACCCUGCUUCUGACCAGGAGUAUCAUCCGCCGGUCGCCAUCUCUCUGCCGCAUGAGCCGUACAUUCUUCCACAGGCGCACUUCGGCUUCACGACCACGCUGCCGCCGCACCACAAUUAUUACCCGCACCAGAACGUACAGAUCACGUCCGUGCCUAUCCAUGAGCAGUCCCCGGUGGUUGCCACCAGCGUGCCGGUCACGUUGUCGGCUGACAUUCCUCAUGUACAGCAGCCAUACAUGCACUACCAGCAACAGCAGCGUUACGAUUACCCACGACAUGGAUACAUCCAACCAGAGUACCAGCAGCCCUACACUCAGGCCCCAGUCGUUGAGUCUACCCCUGUGACGGCAACUUUCCAGGCGUCACACCAUGAUGAAUACAAGCACACUCGGUUUCUGAGCCAGCCUGAGGGAACUGACUGGGGGUUCCUCGGUGUUGGCUGA